AUGCGCCAAAAAUAUGUGCUUGUAACCGGAGGAGCAGGUUAUAUUGGAAGCCACACUGUAUUAGAAUUAUUACAGACAGGCUACAAGAUUGUAGUGAUGGACAAUUUGUCAAAUUCAAACCUGGAGGCUCUUCGUAGAGUAGAAAUCUUGGCUGGAAGACCAGUCCAUUUCUUCAAGGGAGAUAUCACUUCAACUGCAGAUCUGGAAAGAGUCUUUUCACAAUAUGCCUUUUGGGCAGUCAUUCAUUUUGCUGCCAUAAAGGCAGUCGGUGAAUCUGCGCAGAUCCCUCUCGAUUACUACCACAACAACGUGACCGGAUCACUCAAUUUGAUGCGAGUCAUGAACCAGUUCAAGGUCAAGAACCUCGUGUUCUCAUCUAGUGCGACUGUUUAUGGUGAACCAGAGAUCGUUCCCGUCAAUGAAACUGCCCGAUUAGGUCCGGUCACAAACCCUUACGGCCGAACCAAAUUGUUUGUAGAGGAAAUGGUUCGCGAUCUUUGCAAAUCCGACCCAGAGUGGAACGUCUGUCUCUUGAGAUUCUUCAAUCCUGUCGGUGCACAUGUAUCAGGCAUGAUCGGCGAACAUCCCCAGGGUAUUCCAAACAACCUGCUCCCAUAUGUCAUCCAGGUCCUCCAGGGCAGACUUCCUCACGUCUGCAUCUAUGGAGACGACUAUGACACCCCAGACGGCACAGGUGUACGAGACUAUAUCCAUGUCUCGGACCUAGCUACCGGCCAUGUAGCUGCCCUCAGAAAACUAGAGAAGAGACCAGGCUGUGUUGCCUACAAUCUCGGAACCGGAACCGGGUACUCGGUCAAGCAGAUCGUCAAUGCAAUGGAAAAGGCCACCAAGAAAAAAAUUCCAUACAAGGUUGUCGAUCGUCGCCCGGGAGAUGUUGCAACCUGUACAGCAGACGCCAGUUUAGCAAACCGCGAGUUGGGAUGGUCUCCUAUCAGAUCUAUGGAUGAAAUGUGUCAAGACAUGUGGCGUUGGACACACUUGAACCCCCAGGGUUACGAUGGACCACUAAAAGCAACAGCAGCAGCAGUAGCAGGAGACCACAAAUCCUCAUAG